AUGACCAUCUCGUCGUCGCCGGGAUGUCCAGCGGGGUGCGCGUGCAAGUGGAAAAACGGCAAGCAAACGGUCGAAUGCGUGGACAAGAAGGUGACGAGCGUGACGUUGGCUCUAGGCAUCGACCCGGCCACGCAAGUGCUGGACAUAUCGGACAACGAUCUGUCUGCGGCCGGGCUACCACACGACACGUUCGCCGCGGCCGGUCUGUCCAACCUGCAGCGCAUCCACGCUUCCCGUUGCAACGUGUACUACGUGCAUGACCGAGCGUUCAGGGGCCUGACUAACCUGGUGGACCUAGACCUGUCCGGUAACUGUCUGCGGCAGGUGCCGACCGGCGCAUUCGCCGAAUGUCCGUCCCUGAUGAAGCUCAGCCUGAGCGGCAACCCGAUCGGCGACUUGCCGGCCAGGGCGUUCCGGCACCUCGGCCAGCUGACCGCGCUCGACCUGAGCGGCUGUGGGCUGACCGCCGUCGCAGCCGGCGCGUUCGAUGACCUCAGCGGCCUCGACUGGCUCAGGCUGGACGACAACCUGUUAACACACGUUCCCGGGCCGAAUACGCUGCCCGCCCGGUUACACGGUGUCGACCUGCACCGCAACGACUGGCAGUGCGACUGCCGCAUGGUUGACAUGCACCGGUGGCUGACCGCCUCGCGGGUGCCGGUCACCGAAGAGCCCGUGUGCUCGGGUCCGGCCGCUUACGCCGAUGUGCCAGUGCGCCGAGUAUCGGUGGCCGAACUGGCGUGCGCGCCGGCCGCGUACCCAGCCACGCAACCUGUGCAGGACGUGGUCGAAGGCGUCAACGUUUCGUUCCGGUGCCUGGUGGCCGCCAUCCCAGCGGCCACGGUCGAGUGGCUGUACGGCGGCGUACCCGUGUACCGGCACAACGCGUCUGAGCUCAUCACCGUGGAUGGAAACACGACCGCUGAACUGUACGUGUACAACGCGAGCGUGACUGAUGCCGGUUCGUACGCCUGCGUGGCCGAGAACCGGGCGGGCAGGGCUCGCGUCAACUUUACAGUCACCGUUCGGCCCGGACGACCGUUCCUGGCCGCGGGCACCGUCGACGACCGAUCCGCACCGUCUCAGUCGUCGUCGGCCACGGCCGGUAGCGGUGGGGGGACCAGCGGGGACGGCCGACCACUCCUGUACGUCGGCUGUUUAGCGGCCGGCUCGGUGGCGCUGUCGGCUGCGGCCGCCGUACUAGUGGCAAUCAGGUGCAGGCGGGUGAAACGCUCCAGCACCGGCGUCCGAGCCGGCGACUCUUCGUCCACCUGCAAGCGAAGACCCACCGCACCCGCGGCCGACGGUUAUCGGACCGUCAGUACGACAGCCGAUAAGGAGCUCUCGGUACCCUCGGCCCACCGUCCGGCAUCGGCGCGGACGACUGCCACCUUAGUGACGGUAACAGCGACGGGGCUGGAUGGGGCCGAGGACACCACCGUCGCGACGGCCGAGAGCAAUCCAGACGUGGUGAGCGACGUGAAACGCACCGGAUGGGAGAUCGAUUUCGAGCAGAUCGUUUGGGCCGAAUGUCCGCCAGCCACCGGUUACGUUUCCAUACAGAUACCGGUGCAGUGCGGCAUCGAGUGUCUGGGUGCGUAUUACGCGACCACCGCCGAGGCCGUGGCCGGGAGCCGCUGUGGCGGUGCCGGGGCCACGCUCCGGAGACAGCGCCGACGGGCGGCCGUGUUGACCGCUUACGAUGACACCGUACAGGUGGUGCGCACCACCGCGCAGGGGGGGUAUCCGACGACGACCACGGGGCCCGGGACAAUUGGCAUCCCUGCCGCCGCCGCACCGCCACCGACUAUCGUUGUGGAGGACCCGGACGACGACGUUGGCGGUGGCGAUGUUGGCGGCGUCGCACCCAUUAUUAGCCCUCCGUUGCCGUUCCGGUCGGGCGACGAAGACGGCGCCGACAAAGACGACUCCAUCGCGCUGUAA